AUGGCGGCCGCCGCAGUCAGGAGUAUCGGCUCCACUUUGGGGAAGAACCUCCGAGAGAUCCGCCUGCAUCUCUGCCAGACCUCCGCCGCCAGCAAGGGGGCCAGGUGAGACCCGAACCGGUCUGCCGAGGCGGGAAAAAACCCGGGGUUCGGUUUUUAGAAACGAUAAAACAGAGACCUGGGCUCUGAGCUAGCUUAGCAUCUCUGCUUAGCAUGACCUGCUAACAUCAGAGAACUUUAGUGAACAUCAUCAGAGAGCUCGAACCUUCAGCCAACAGCUGCUGAUAACAUCCAGGUGUGAGUUUAAAGAGAAAGAAGAUACAGGUGAUCGAUAGACUCGACAGGGCCGUGUCCAGAGUUUAAGAUCAGGGGGGCUAACGCCAACACUGGGGGGGUUACCCUCUUUAACACAAACAUCAUUUAUCCACAGAACCGUCAUCACUAAUGUUAACUUUAACUACGAACAUCGAAGUCAAAACUGAUGAUCCUCAGGAAGGUCAAAGACCAGGACCUGAUCAGAACCUUUAGACCAGAAUUUACCAAAUCUGGACCAGAUUAUUAGACAGUUUCAGUCUAAGAUUAACGUCUGUAUCCUGUUUUAGGAUCAAUGAUUUGUAGCUCCUCACUGGGACUGGACAAUAAAACGAUACAAAUCAAAAAUUAAUUUCCCUAAAUAUCAAUAUAAACAUGAUCAAUAUCCUUUUCAAUAGUCGUCAUUCUGACAUGUUUUGGUCGACUAUAAGAACAGCCAAUGAAAAGGGGAGUUUCUCCGGGUCUGAACCAAUCAUGUUCUGAAUUAGAACCAAGUAUCAACCAACUGCAGCAAAGUCGUAGCAGACAGCAGCUCCACCCAACCAUAGCACUUUAACAGGUGAAGCCGACAGCACUGUUGGUGAGAAACAAAGAAAAUGAGUGCUACCCCCGACAGAAAUGACCAUGAAGGCUCAACAGAUGACCACAUCAAUGUCAACCACAACACUGGCGUUAGGAAAACGUCGGUGGUGUGGAGGUAUUUUGGUUUUUGGAGGUCGGACAUGAAGCAGAGUAAUGUGGACUGUAAAUUAUGUCGAGUACAUGUUCUCACAAAGUCGGGGAAUACCUCAAAUCUUUUUCACCACCUGAAGCAGCGCCACGCCGCAGAGCACGCGCAACGCCAAAGGUUACAAACCCCGAGAGGAGCGAGGAGCCGAAACAGACGACCAUUCAGUCGGCUUUCUCUAGAGCGACGCCUUACGACAAAACGCCAAAGAGACACAAAGACCUCACAGAUGCAGGAGAUUAUUGUGUUGGAAAAGACAUGAGACCAAUAAACACUGUUAGAUUUAUAUAUCCUGAUAUUGAUCCAUAUCAGCUGAUAGGAAAUCAAUAAUAUAUGUUGUGAUAGACUUUUUCACAGAUCGCCCAGCUCUACCUCUGAGCAGUUAAAUAAAUCACAAUUUAAUUUCAUCUUCAUCAUUUAAAGAUCAGAGUAACAUUAUCUGUCGGUCCUGACUGUUAUAAUGUUUCACCAUCAUCUCUAGAUCACUGUUACUGAGGAGUGUUUCCUCAUUACUCUACAACUGAUCUCAUACUGACUGUGUGUGUGUGUGUGUGUGUGUGUGUGUGUGUGUGUGUGUGUGUGUGUGUGUGUGUGUUGACAGAGACUUUGUGGAGCAGCAUUAUGUGACGCUGAAGAAGUCUAACCCGGACUUCCCGAUCCUGAUCAGAGAGUGUUCUGGAGUCCAGGCCCGGGUCUGGGCCCGUUAUGGUGGGUCUGCACAGGUCUCAUCAGGUCUCUGUAAAGGGUCAUGAAGGGUUCAGUCUCUUUUUUCAUAUCUGUGUGUUUGAAACCAUGGUAACCGCCUGUCAUAUUGAAGAAGCUCUGUUGAAGCUCCUCAGUGAGCUGCAGAGUCGUGUUAGAACAGACAUGAAGGUCGUUUAUCAGUCAGUACGUUUCCAUGACACUCGACUUUAGUCCGACUAUAAUCUGAGAUUAAGACACCCAGAUAAUGAGAUUGGAAUUCGAUUUUCUCUACCAUGUAACCAGCGUAGUCGGAGUAUGAGGCCACGCCCCCCGUAACCCGGUAACAAACCCCCAGAGUAGAGGAGUAGCGUUGGUCUCAUCUUUAGAAAAAGUAGCGCGUCCAUCAUGUCGGACAAAAACAACGCUGUACGAUGCUCCAUCUUCUUGUUUCUCCAAAAUGCCCAGCAGCAGUUGUAGACACUUCUGACGUCUGACACCGACCUGCUGUUGUUGUUGACGGUUGGACGGGGUCGGAAACAGCGCCGCUGAAAAGACCCAUAUCGCCCCCUAGUGUUGGGGAGGAGGACUCGUUCACGUCAAUAAUUCAGUUUUCUCAGCUGCAUGUAAAAGAGGACGAGGAGAGAAGUCUGAUUCAGAGAAAAAGACGAGUUAUGAGUUUAUUCUGAUUAAACUGAGACUGUAAAUGAACUGAGUGAUCAGAGACAGACAUACAGAGAGGCUGUUGGAGUCGGACUGUAGAAACUGAGAUUUAGAGUUCAAACACACGGAGGAUCGAAGAGUUCAUCAACUCUAACGAACCAAAACGACUCCGAAAAGAAAAGGUGAAGAAGAAAUCCAGUUUAAUGUAAAUGUUCUUUAUUUAUUCAGCCUUUAAAAAACCCUUUCAGUGAACCGAAGAGCUUUACAAAGGAAAAUAGAACUGAAUAAAUAAAAACAAUAAAAAAGAAUAAAAAGUGAUGAGUUCACGUCUGUUACUGUUGGUUAAAAGACGAGCAGCAGCGUUUUGGACGAGUUGAAGACGUCCUGGUGAAGGACCCUUAGACCCCCGGCUCCUUUAGGUCGUCUGCGCGGGGCGUCUGCAGCUCUUUCAGUCUGUCAUUAAUGGCGCAGCAGCUGAUGGUUAAAACCGUGCGGCGCCCUGCUCUGCUCUCUGAAUGUUUUCCUGUUUUCGUCUUCUGACAGAAUCUCCGACUAUAAAAGUAAAAACAGUAAAAACGCGGUGCCCCUGAGCUCUGAAUGUUUUCCUGUUUUUGUUCUUUUCUGAUCCGAGUCCUGACUCCGAUUUCUAACAUGAAGUCUCUGAGCGAGGAGAAAACUGACCCGUCAGAUCAACUACAGACAGUUUUUAUUGUAUUAAAUGAAGCCGGUCUGUAGCUGUGAUGAAACACAGACACACUUCCACUAAAGCUGAAGAAAAUCUGAAGUAAAGCUCAGAUCAACAUCAGCUCUGUCAGAACACACGCUGCAGGAUUCUCUACUCCAAAUGACCGAGUGUCUGUUUGACUUUUCUGAUCAGUCCGACAGAUUUAACCGUUUUCUUAAAAAGGUUUGAUUUUAAGAUUUUAUUUUCAGUCGUCGUUCAGUGACUCAGACUAAAUAUCAUCUAUGAAUUAAAACAUAAAUAUCCUGACAGUUUUGUUCUUUUCCAAAAUACAAACAAACAUAAACAAAAUGAAUCCUGUUAUUGAUGAAAUCCUGUUUUUGUUCAGAUUUCGGGAAGGAGCAGAGCGUCGCCGUGGACAACAUGUCAGCUGAUCAGGUGGCCUCGGCCCUGCAGACUCUGGUCCAGUCCAAACCUUGA